GCACGCGCAGAGGAGCACGCGAGGCUCGUCGGAACAGCUGACGGGAAGGGUCACAGCACUGCAAGCAAAGCGACGGUCCAUCACGCAGAACCUCUGGAGCAGAGGAGUGGCGCCUGCGCUACCGUCGACGGCUGCGCGUGCAUGGCCACACGGUCCGGACGAGGCGACCUCUGCCAGGCGCAACACACCUGAGCCCCCCCCCCACCCGAGCCCCCACAGAACGCGUCUUUCCCACCCACCUUCCCCCGCCACGUCCCGCUCACGCGCCUGCCACCGCCGCAGUCGGAGGGGGGCGGCCAGAGAAACAAAUACGGCCCGCGCAAGUAAAAUGGAAGAGCUCGUCAUUUAGGCGCUCGCCGCUCUUCAUCGCCGUCGACAACCUCGAGCGCAGAUCGCUCGCCUUCAAUGUAUCGGCAACUCGAGCGAACGGGCAAAGCCGGCGGGAACGAGCGCCGCUUUGUUUGCCCGGGCGACCGGAGAAUGGUUGCAAAGUGACGGGCCCCGACACCCUGCGCUUCUUCGUGGACGAAACGGAAAGGGCGCCGUUCCGUACUUUCGCGGCGCUGCGGGUGAAUUCGGCUCGGAGGUGCGGAGGUGCGCCAGGAGAAGGGGAGGGUGGUUGCGCAAUGUGAGCACGGCCAGGAUCGCCGGCUACGUCGAAGCGAAGCAGCUGCUCUUUGGAGGCUACGGGUGGGGGUGGAGGUGUGGGGGCAAAGGAAAGUUCAAAUCAAGCCGAGACCGAUCGAGACACCACGCCGAUUACGUAAAUGUGAACUUGAAAAUGUUGUGGGCACUGAAAGUUACGUCUUGAAGUCUACGCGAACAGGUUUCUGAAGUUGCAAUUUCAAUCGGAGUGAAAGCACAUAUAUUCAUUACGAAGAUACCAUACACUGAGUUUAUAAAAUAUCAUUUGAUUUUUUGACAUAAUAAUAAAAAGAAGAAGACAAUGGCAAGAAUGAAUAGACCAGCACCGGUGGAGGUCACGUACAGGGAGAUGAGGUUUCUCAUUACCCACAACCCCAACAAUACCACGCUCAACAAGUUCAUAGAGGAGCUGAAGCAGUACAGCGUGACGACCGUGGUACGCGUCUGUGAAGUGACGUACGACAAGAGUCCGCUGGAACGGGAAGGCAUAAGCGUCAUAGACUGGCAGUUUGACGACGGCGCCCCACCCCCUGGGAAAGUGGUCGACGAUUGGCUGAGCCUUCUCAAGACAAAGUUUCGCGAGGACCCGGGAUCGUGUGUAGCCGUCCACUGCGUUGCUGGUCUGGGCAGGGCUCCCGUGUUGGUGGCGUUGGCGCUGAUCGAGAGUGGGAUGAAGUAUGAAGACGCUGUACAGUUCAUCAGGCAAAAGCGACGAGGGGCUAUUAACAGCAAGCAGCUGCUGUACCUGGAGAAAUACCGGCCCAAGAUGCGACUGCGUUUCAAGGAUUCUAACGGCCACAAGAACAGCUGCUGCGUCCAAUAAAGAAAAAAACGACGACGAAAUGUAAAAACGGACACUUGGGAAGUGCCGGAAAAGCGAAGACACUCAACCCAAGUUCAGCGGGAGAAGAAUCAAUUCAAGAGGAGACACAGGCGCUCUGCCAAUGCUUCAGUUACGGUUGGUGCAGAGGGUAAGCGACAAACCGGGAAGGAGAUAUGAAAUGUGGACCUUUAACAACAACCAGCAUUGAUUAUGCAAUCAACAAGUUAACCUGAAAAAAGUUACGGCCCUCCAGAUAAUGAAUCCAUCAAAAAUUGACAAAACCCGGUGUAAUUCCAUGAGCAGUUGCUUCAAGCAGUGUUUGUUGCGAAUGUCGAAUUGUGGAAUAUGAAUGAACGGAGGAAGGAAGGAGGUGCAUGCUGUCGUCUGCGGGUGGUCACGCCGUUAUGCGGCAGCUGAAGGAGACACUUGACGCAAAGAGGAUUCGCCUGCCCACUCCAUCAGCUUCAAGGUUCUCUGCAAAAACGCUACAAUCGAGACCCCCCUCCACAACUAACAUCAUAAGGAUGUCUCAAAACACUUUGCUUCACUUCUGUACUGAACAUUUUGUUGAUCAAAUCAACAAAAACAAGUUAAAAUCAGCAGCCAGUGGACGAAUUGCAAGUAAAACGCAUUUCAAAGCGGAAAGUGAAAAGAACUCUUAAAAUUCUACACCAAAAUGUAAACAAAAAGGAGCCAUUUUUUUAACAAAGACUGCCACUGCUUUCUUGUCGAUGCGUCUGCAGGAAAACGCAUUUGUAUUUCAAUGCCGUUCUGAAAUAUCAAAACAUUUCAGAUGUUUUUGAAUAAAACAAAGGGCCAUAAACCUUGUCAUAUUUUUGAUAAUGUAAUUGAGAUGUGAAGGAACAGGUAUGUGAAUACAAACUGUUAUUUUAACUGUUGUUUGAUAUCAGACUAUGAAAUGAUAUACAUGUAGUGACGUUGCCUAAUACUGUAAAUCUGCACUUUUUACGUAUGUAUUUUUAAAAGCUCAAAUUGUUUUAAAGACUGACUCAGCUAUUCAAAAUAAAACCACACACACACACUUGUGCCUUCCAUGACGAUAUCAUGUAAAACAGCGUUGCAAUGCAAUUUAAGAGCGAGGCUGCGGGGGCGCGGUUCAGUCUGUGUGCUCAAGCUACUCGGGUCAAGAGGUUGCGAGCAUUCGGUACUGUGAGAGUUUUUAAGAUUUAAAAAGAACUGGGACAGCAAAAAUGGCAACAAAAAAAACCCCGUGGGUGGAAUUCGGAUUACAUUAUUUGUCCAUGUGCUACUGUAUCAAUGGCAUGAUUGAUGCUCAGUCUGGAGUUUGCAGGUUAAACUAAUUGUCCAGGUGAUACUGCGUUGGCAGUGGUCCACCGACUUUGCUCAUUAACGCCACCUUAAAAAAAGUACAGAAUAGGAGGCGUUUCGGCACAUGUGCUGUGAAGAAGGCCCAUUGCCCAAAUCGUCACCUAUGAUAUACUUUAACUUUUAAGGCCACGGUGUUAGACUCAUGUGUUGAGUUCUUUUUGUAUUUCACUGGGUAGACCACAAAUGGUCCAUUGGAAAUGCUUAGACAGCGCAAUUUCAAUUUAUAAAUGCAAUAACAUAUGUACGUUACACCAUAAGUGAUAAAGAAAUGCAUUGUCAAAUAUGUAAUAGGUGACUACCCUAACAUUACAGAAGGAUUGCUGAGUAAAGGACUCCCCCCAUGCUGUAUGGGUUAUGCGACUUAUCUGAUCGUACUUCACCAUGCUGGUACUUGACAAGACUGAAUUUAAAAAAAUCUAAUCUGCAUGUUUUAUUAAUUAGGCAUUGCCUAAAAAGUAGCCAAUGCGAUCUUGUGACUCGUGGCGCUCACAAGAUGCGCCGGUCAAAGCUUGGAGCGGUAGGCAAAAGUGGCUCCGAUCUUUUACUGGACUUGAGAACCCCAGCCAAAGCCAAGGGGCUCACAAAACACAGAGGCCACAACAUCCUCCUGAGAGCGGAGUUUGAGCCCCGAGCGCCCAUCAAAUGACACAAUCCGCUUCUCCGGUAUCAGCAUGGUCACUGAAGUACUCAAAAAACAAAACAAACAACAAGUAUAACCCGUAAAAACAACGUUUUUCACUAUAAAUCCUUUAUAUGCGUGGCGGCAAGAGUCCUCUCGUCCUCUGGCUUGAGAUGGCUGCCACCUAUGGGUCAGAUGAUUGCCUGCCACCAUUAAGCAAUUGGUAAUUAAAUAUAUUUUUGUCCUAAAAAGUGUAAAAUUUUGGAAAAUUGUUUUCACGGACAUUAAUUGUCACGCACAACGAGUCUGUGUGGAAAAUGUCAACUCGAUUGGAUCACGGGAAGUGGGUUAAAAAACGACCGAAAGAUUUGCACGGUCAUAAGCAACCAAGCGAACUUAAUAUAAAGGAUUUAAAAAAGGUAUAAAAGAAACAUGUUAUAAGCCAUAAUAGGCAGCCAAUGGACACAUUGCAAAUAAGUUGUCAAUGUAUUUCAAUUAUAUAUUUGCAUUCUAGAUUUGAAGCUUUCGUGUCUGCAAGGAUUCAUACUCUUAGUUCUUUCGGUAAAGUCACGUAGGUAAAAAAUGAAAUUAAAAUUAAUAAAAAUAAAAAUACUUUUUUAUUUUAAUUUAAUUUUUUACGUACGUGACUUUACCGAAAGAACUAAGAGUAUAUAUAUUUGCACACACACUCUCUCCUGCAAGGCUUGCAGCGCAGGUCUCGUGGUUUGGGCAAGGCAAGUGCUUAAACCGUUCAUUAAGCAGACGCCAGUGUGAUAUUACUCUGGGCCCUUCAGUCAGCGAGACAUGCGACUGCUGUCAAGGAGAUACAAACUGAAAUAGACUUUGCGCCUACAUGCGGAAAGCACGGUUGAAAUGUCAACGGGGUUUAAAAAAAACAGACAGACAGUCAGACACGUCUCUUCACAUGCCACCUCCAGCGCACGCACACACACACGUGUGCAUGUUCGCAAGCCUUUGGGCUAGUCUGGCCGGUGGCUCCCCUUUGCACUGCAGAACUCUGUAUAGAUACCCCCCCCCCCCCGCCUCAAACUACUUAGCAGUGCAGAGGCCACUUAACCGGAAAAAAAGUCCCCGUAGCAAGGGCAUCUGUAAAUACUAAAAAAAAACACUCAUGGUCUGACACGAGCAUUUGGCUAUCAAUGACCGAACUUUGAAGGGUACACGCAGAUGGUGUAAACGGAGCGUUGUGGGAAUCACAGACAUGACAUUUCCUCCGCUUGCCUUCAAAUUGCUUGCCCUUGAUAAAUGAAAAGAAAGCGUGGAACAGAUCCAUCGAUUUCUUAUUGACCGUUGCGCUCGGGAUACACGCGUAGAAUUUGUGCGAGUGAGAAUCGAUUACUUUGCUGUAUUUAUGAUGUGUGUGCAUAAAAAGUGAGUGAUGGAGCAAAGGCGAUUGUACAAAAAUGGGACGGGUGUAAUGGAGAAACAAUACAAGAGGAGAUGGUAAAAAGGAGAAUGUUAUUCUCGUAUGUUACGACGACCUUGAUUCGUGACAAUUCAUCGAAUGGGGGGGGUGAAUCGUUCAAGCGUGUAGUGAAAAAAAAUAGGUCGAGUGCUUACAGGGUCUGUUUUCAAAUCGGUCUUGUGAGUUGCACGCAAUAACGGGGAGGCCUCAAUAAAGUCGAAGCUUGUGUCAAGGCUUGUGUGUA